UCUAGUUGUGUGGUGGUUGUGUCAACAGUGGUGUUUGUUUUUCGUUCAUGUGGUGGACGGAUGCGCCACUUUCAUUUUCCGAACUUGUGUUUGGUGUCAGUAAAGUGGCAACCUGCCAUUGACAGUGUGGAGAUUCGCGAAGAUGUCAUGGUGUCAUUUGAUGUUGAUGGGUGCAAUGGUAAGUGUUCUCGGGUGCACUCUCCUGAUAGCCGCGCGGAACGUCAAACGCUCACAAAGGACGGCAUGCGAACGACUUUCACGUGUGCAUCAACCGGCAAGUCCAAGCUUCGUAGGUUCCUUGUCUUCGGCAUCCCCUGAGCGGUAUCAUUCACUCGUGUCCGUCCAAGGCAGACUGCAUUCCUGCCGACAGUGCACUUUUGUGACCAAGUACAGUGCAAACAUGAACCGGCACAUUCGCACACACACGGUGCAUCCUUCUCACGGAAUCAGCGACUCAUGGAGCACGUGGCCCGUUGUCAUGAAACCAACAGGCCGUAACAAGUUUCUCGUUCUUGGCAUUGUGCACCUACAUGAGGUAGCGAGAGGGAAACAUGGAAAGACACCUUCACUUCCACUUGGUCCAGAGCCUCUUCCAGUGCCACCUGUGUUAACUGCCCUCGCUCAGUCAUCUUAUGAGGCACAUUCACACUCGCACAGGAGAGCAUGCUUUUUCCUGUGUCAGCUGCAAUCCAUACUUGAUGCUUUGCAAAGUUAACCUCAUAAACCACAAGAGCAUGGAGAGAUAACACAUGUGUAAAAAAUUGGACACCGAACUAUGCAAUAAAAUGUUUUUGUUUUGUA